AUGGGGAAACGGAAACAUGAAAGGAUUGAAAGCGCUGCAAAGGUUUUGGCUCUACUAAACGAGGCAGGAAGAGAUUUUAAGAGGUAUCGCUCGCUCGUAAUGGAAACCUCUGAAUCUCUCGAAAUAUACGAAAGUGCUCUACUUAAACUUGAGAGUCUGUAUCGUUCACAAAUCAGGACGACCUUGGCACAGGAUCUCGAGUUCAGAGCCGCAGCAGAUGCUCUUCUUGCUGAGAGUGAAAAGGAUUCUGUACAACCUAAAUCAUUUCUGCUUGACCCACAUGACUCUUUGGAUUUUAGGCUUUUAAACGAGCAGGAAACUAUGUCGUGUUUCAGAUUCAGUCAGAUGGAGAUUAGGGCACUGUCUUGUUACAUUAAGUUUCCUAAUGUUGUGCUUCACAAUCGACAUUCUGGCACUGUGGAUAAUCUUACUGUUUGGAAGGUCAUUCUGAGGCGAUUAUCGUCGACAUCGACCUAUGAACAAAUUGCUCGUGAUUUUGGCUGCAAUGAAACCAAAAUCAAAACAAUUUUCAAUCUAGCCAUAGAAUACCUUGCUGCAAAGGUAUACAAGAAAUUGUAUUUGGACCUUGGAGCUUUGACUGAGGAAAACUUGAAGAAUAGUGUAGAUGCAAUAUAUAGAAAAGUGAACGAACGUCAAAGAGAUAAAACAGGUGCAGCAGAGACUGCAAACUUUGAUGCCAAAACAGUGGCACAGUUUAUUGGUGGUAUCGAUCAACCAAUCAACCGACCUACUACCAUUCAUGAUGCGUACUUUGGUCCAAAGGGAUAUUCCUUAAAAUAUCAAUGUGCUGUUAAUGCAGAAGGAUUCUUUACUCACUUGUCACUGGCAGUUGGCGGAUCCACUCAAGAUACAACAAUGUUACAACAAUCCAAACUACUUGAUAUGAUGAGAACUGUCAAACUGUUUCGAAGAAUACCUCCACCUCUUUACCCGAUUUACGGUGAUAAAAGUUACACGGAUGGCUUGUCAGAUCAGAUGCUCUCAAGUUUGAAAAUUGACAAAUCUCACAGACUUUUGCAAACAACAAAUGAUGUUCUAACAUCAAUAGAUCGAACACAGCAUAGUGAUCAAUCACAGGAGUCGUCCGAUGUUGAUUGCUCGAGAGCAAAUGACCACGCUGCUUUCGUUCAGAAUGUACUGGACAAUAUGAUAUCGCAAGGUCGCGAUCCUGCACAGAUGACGGAGCAGGAGAAAGAGGAGAGUAAUUACGUAUCUGCCUCUGGUCGUAUUGGAGUUGAAUGGGAUUUCAGUAUACUUGAGAAUACGUUUCCUUUUGUUGUGGACAAGCGCUCGAACGAUCUCUAUAGAUCUGAACUUUCUUCCCAGUUUAUUGUUUCCGUUUUCCUACUAAAUUUGAUGAACUGCUUCAGGCCAAAUCAAAUUGCGCAGUACUUCAAACCUGAGAAGAAGAAAUCAAUUGAAGAAUACCUUGAUGAUAUUGAUCUUCGUCCUAAUCACUGUGAGCUUGUUUCUUCGAAGGUUAAUUUUGGUUCUAAAUUGCGCAUUUUCAAGAACCAAUACGACACAGGAACAGAACUUCAAGAGAGUGACAAUUGUUAUAUCGUUAUAAAUCCACCGGAGGGCAUGUCCAUCGAGGCUAGAGAGAAAAGGUACUCAUUGUUAUCUGAGAAAACUACAAUGUCAGACGAUGUGCUCACAUUUCAUAAGAUCGUCAGUGAGUUUCACAAGACAACAGUUUUGAGAAUAUUCGAUACGCAUAAAUCAUCAAGCAACAAUCUGCAAGGUACCAAUCCUAUACAAAGACGCACAAACCUAGCGCUAUCAGAUCACGACAGGAUGAAUGAUGUAUCUGCUACAACGACUGCCGGAUCAAGACUCAUACGAGAGAUGAUUGAACGAUUUACUCCUACGCAAGUCCAAGACUUCUUCUCUGUUGUGACUGACAAAGAUGACGGAAUCAACUACAACUACGAUGACAACAAGAAGUUUUUGGAAAUAUAUGGGUUAUCUUGA